AGAGCCGUAACGGAUUGAAUACAACAAUAACACAGAGCAGAAAUAAUUAUAAAAGCCGCUUUAUAUUCUACUAUUACACUGAAUUAAAAACGUGUUAAAGCUGCGUUUCAUCUGAAGAUGUGAAUAAUGUAUCAUUACCGGGGCUACAGCGGAUAAAGCAACAUCCACAGCGUCUCCUUUACUCUGCAGCACAUUGAUAUGCUAGGCGCGGGCAGCACUAUGACUGAUGGGGACUACGAUUAUUUGAUUAAACUCCUGGCUCUUGGUGACUCAGGAGUGGGAAAAACAACCUUCCUAUACCGCUACACAGACAACAAAUUCAACCCCAAAUUCAUCACCACCGUGGGCAUUGACUUUAGGGAAAAGAGAGUGGUGUACAGUACUAACAGCCCUAAUGGCACUGCAGGGAAGACAUUUAAAGUUCAUCUGCAGCUUUGGGACACAGCAGGGCAGGAGAGGUUCAGAAGCCUGACUACAGCUUUCUUCAGAGACGCUAUGGGAUUCCUGCUCAUGUUUGACCUGACGAGCCAGCAAAGCUUCCUUAAUGUUCGCAACUGGAUGAGUCAGCUACAGGCGAAUGCGUACUGUGAAAAUCCAGACAUCGUUCUCAUUGGAAACAAAGCGGACCUGCCGGAUCAGAGAGAAGUUCAAGAGAAACAAGCUAGAGAACUGGCAGAUAAAUAUGGGAUCCCAUACUUUGAGACGAGUGCAGCCACGGGGGCAGCGGUAGAUAAAGCUGUGGUCACUCUGCUCGACCUUGUGAUGAAGAGGAUGGAGCAGUGUGUGGAUAGACCUGACAAAGCAGACACAGUCAAUACAGACGAGACCAAACUCAGCGCUGCGCCGACAAACGAGAAAAAGUGCGCCUGUUAAAAAUGGCCUUUUUCUGCCCUCGUGUGGACGGAUGUGGUAUUACAGCUCAGUUACAGCACUUGCUCGUAAGGUUCGCAAAAUGGGAUUGAUUGUUUUUAAUGCAUUUAAAUUGCAUGUAUUGUUUGCUAGUACCUUUAAUGCAUCUGCAAAAUGGUUUUUGGGAAACAAGCUUUUUACCAUUCCUUCCCUCAUAAUUGGUGAUUUAAACUGUAGGUAAUAACAAUCUUUUCUUGUGCUAGUUUCUAAAAAGACACGACAGUUUCACAAUAUAUAAAAACACAUAAACCAGAGAUUCUUAAACUUUAUGAAUUACAUUCUGCACUCACAUCACUGCCCACCUUUAUUAAUAAUAAUAUUUUUUCUCCAUUUUUUUCAAUUAAAUUUAAUUCUCCACUGCACUCGGAACAACCACCAAAUGGACAACACCCAUGCUGGCUUUGGAGGGUCUUGGACUUCUCCCUAUGCUCAGCUAAUUGGGUCUGUAAAGCACCCAACCAGGCCACGGGCAUGGCAGGGAUGCUUUAACCCUGGCCUCCACAGUGGAAAAAUGGCAAAUUGGACUGCUGCUCCACCUGAGCAUCCUAUUUAAUACUUUUUUAUUGGCUUCACCAAUAAUUGGCCAUUUUCUAAGAAUAUGUGAUAUCUAAAUAAAACAUACCUACAACUAAUAAAAAUAACUAAUUUAAAUAUACUGAAUUAGAUUUAUACAUCUUCUGUACAUUAUACAUCUGCAAAACAAUUAUUAUUUGGUUCGUAUCACUUGUGCCUAGACCCUAUUUAAAUAUUGUUAUUUUUCUUUUUUUCUACUAUAUAUAACAUUUUUGCUAGUUAACAGGCUUUAAUAUGAUCUUUCCCACUAAAACAACUAGACUAA